AGGAGAGUCGUUUGACAGUUGUGAGGUUCAGCAGCGUGGAGUAGUUCAACCUGCAGCUCAAACAGUGUACGUUUGAACUAUAUUCUCGAGAAACCAGUCGUACCAGGGAAAGUCACCAGGCUUUAUUCAAGACUUUUAGUUUAUAGCUUCUCGUGGCGAGUUAGGGAUUUACUUCCUACCUGUGAAGGAGCUGUCCUGUUUUAUUCGUCUAGCCAGUGCGGCUUCCUCCGGUACUGUGAGCAAGCUGGAUUCCCGCAGCUCCUCACCAUGUCUGGCGGGUUAUAGAUAUUCCAUGGAGCAACCAAACCUCUAUGAGGUCGCCCCACGAUCCAUAAUGACCAGCCAAGUCCAGAGUCAGAGUCAGCAAAGCGCCUACUGCUACAAAGACCCCUCCGCUGCUGGACCCGUCGCCGGAGCAGGAGGAGACCUCGGCGAGAUGUGUGAGAACGAAAACUCCAUUGACAUCAGCGCCUACAUCGACCCCGCAGCCUUCAACGACGAGUUCCUGGCUGAUCUAUUCCACAACAGCUCGAAGCAAGAGAAACUCAAGCUGGCGAACAGUGAGUACGAAUCCUACCCCCACGGGGUGAGCUCUGGCCCGGGGGCGCACCACCAACAGCACCAGCAGCAGCACCAGCAGCAGCAGCAGGGCUAUGGUUGUAUGCCCGGGUAUAUGGACACAUCUAAACUUGAACCCAUUUACGACACCCAGUCGACGAGAAUCAGACCUGUGGCGAUAAAGCAAGAGCCCAGAGAAGAAGACGAAAUUAGCCAUUCUAUGCCCCCCACCUACCACCAUUCCCACCAGCAUCUCCCACAGCACCUAUCCCAUCUCCAGUACCAGAUUGCGCACUGCGCUCAGACGACCAUGCUUCUCCAACCGGGACACCCGACGCCUCCACCGACUCCCGUUCCGAGCCCACACCACAGGGAUGGCAGCAUGUCCUCCGUUGGAUCCAUGAAGAUGAUGGGACGCGACGAACGAGACCGGGACCGAGACCGGGGUAAAUCCAAAAAGCGUGUCGACAAGGCCAGCACGGAGUACCGGUUGAGGCGUGAGAGGAACAACGUCGCGGUGAGGAAGAGUAGAGACAAGGCGAAAAUGCGCAAUGUAGAGACGCAGCAUAAAGUGGUAGAGCUGGCGUCGGACAACGAAAGACUACGGAAGAGAGUGGAACAUCUUACCCGAGAACUGGACACAUUAAGGGGCAUCUUCAGACAACUUCCCGAUGGAUCUUUCAAACCCAUGGCCAACUGCCAGUGAACACGGACUAUAGUGGCUUUUUACAUUAUGACUUUUAAACACCUACUUGUACACGUCUCCUGGGUAUAGCCUGCCGCGCUAUAGAUUCAUCUGACAGAUUGUGACUGCAACAGUUUGUUUCUUUAAGGAGAGACAGGGCAGCUGAGGUAUUCAUGCCUACUGUACUUAAACAUUAAGGAGAGACAGGGCAGCUGAGGUACACAUGCCUUCUGUACUUAAACAAUAAGCUCAUUUCUCCACGUUUGAACAGUGGACCUGUGUGUUUGUGUGUGUGUGUGUGUGUGCCUUUUAUUAUAUAACAUUGUGUGUUUAGCCACGCAACAACCACAUAUCAGUGCAGCUGAAGGCGCAAAGGAACAAUAAUCACUAGCCUGCUCGAUGUUCAUGUUUUAACGUUAACAUCUCAAUACCGUGUUCUUGUCUUACUAAACUAAACAUUUGUGCAUUUGACUUAUAGAGCUUACAGUAUAUUAUUAAACUGUAAAGUGCACACAGCUUUCCAAAUAAGUAAUUUUUUUUUUGCAAAGCAAAAAAAUAUAUAAAAAAAUCUGAGCGGUGAUCAGAAUGUUUCCCAUUUCUUGGUGUUCAGACAGGAAGCCCAUAUAAGGUACAGAGAUAGCAUUAUAUAUCCUGCUGCUGUCUGCUGUGUUCAGCAUUCACACAUCGGGGAGAUCUAUGGACUGAAUUAAAUGCCACAGCAAACGACUGCAAAUGUGUUCUACUGUGGUACCUGCUUCUUCACGAGCCGUUUUGUUGUGUGCGCUAUAAAUGUCUUCAAAAUACAACCGAAUGAGGCACAUUGUAUUUCUUCCAUAUGUUUGGGUACUAAUCUGAACACGCCUCUCAGUGUAAAUAAAACUCUUUAUAAACUCAAAGUA